GAACGGCCAUUGUUUACACGGUAUUAAACUCUUCACAGAGUGCAUAUUUACAAUACACCAGCUGACCAUUAAUUUUUUACUGAUAAAAUAUUGUGAUAGCUUCAUUUAAACCUAUUUAGCGAGUGAAAUCUCUCAGUCACUUUCCAGUUUCUCCCGGCAUCAGUCUGGAGACAGGUCACUAUGGUUCCUCUGGUCAUUUUAGUGGUGCUGUGCUCCAACUCAGUUUUCGGACAAAUCUUUGAGGAAAAACAAAACCUGUGGCCUGGUGCAAUGUCCAACAUUGUUCCAAGUGGUCUUGUGGAAGGUGGCCAGCCGUGUUCACGUCGAGCAUUCCAAGGUUCACCAGAAUCUUUAAAAACCUUGCCACUAAAUGAAAAUGAGGAUAAAGAUUAUAAACCCGAUAUUAUUUUCAAUUCGAAUUCUGAAAUAUCUGAGGAUGACAGCGAAAUAGAAUAUAAAGAUAAUAUCUUUACAUCUAACGUACCAUCAAACACACAAGUUUCAAAAUGUAGUGGGGCGAAAACUACAAAUGUUAAACGAAAAUCGAAUUCAAAAUCAACACCACUUGAACUUAGUAAUAAAAGAAGUUUGACAAACAAUGAUUUACAUAACAAUAUUUUACCAUCGGAUUACCAAAUAGAACCUCCGCGUAACACACGACCUCUACAUGAAGCUUUAAUUAAAGCUACUAAAGCUGCCUCAAAAAUCACUGAAAAUAAACCAGAAAGCAGCGAAGACAAUGAUUGUCCUUUCAAAAUCAGAACACCAAAUCAAAACUUUGAUGAGAAAGAGCCGGUUCAUCUUGAAAAUAGGAGAAUUGGUGAUUUUGUGGAAAUAAAAGGAGAUGGAUUUGUCAAUGGUAUCAGAACACCAAAUCAAAACAUGGAUGACAAAGAGCCGGUUCAUCGUGAAAAUAGGAGAACUGGUGAUUUUGUGGAAAAUAAAGGAGAUGGAUUUGUCAAUGAUAAUCGUGACGCCACAGGCUCACCACGCUCGGCUAAAAGUCAGCAAUCUGCUGACAUAAGAGUGUGCUACGCGUGCAGUACCACUAAUGACCCGAGCUGCCAGUCGCCCAACCCCAAAAACACCACCGUGAAGUACUGCCGGCAGCCAUACGACGCCUGCGUUACUAAGACUUUCAAGGUUGAAGCUGGAACAGUGUUGACCAGAGACUGUGGAACCUCGUGCGAAGACUACCCCCAACAGAGCAGCUUUCACCCCGUCGCCUCAAAAUGCAGCGCCUGUCACACAAACCUGUGCAACGGAGCCUACUCUGUGACGGCACAGAAUAUAUUCUUCAUCUUUUCUGUGGCUCUCCUUUCUAUUUUCAAACUCAGUUAUUUUAAGUGAACAAAAGUGAACAGUAGGGCGAUCACGAAAAACAGAGCUAACGUAUAGAAUCGAAUGCGAGUGCGACAAUUGUCAACUUGACAGCACUUUCGAACACUUUUUACCUUUCGAAUAGAAUGACCACAGAGUACAUAAUAUUAUUCUGAGAAUGACCUAUGGAAUGAUAGCUGUCAAACUUUCGCAAAUCUAUACAGUAUACACCGCCAUUUUGUUGUUGACAGGUUGACAGCACUUUCGAAUAGUCGCACUCGCAUUCGAUUCUAUACGUUAGCUCUGUUUUUCGUGAUCGCCCUACUGAAGUUCUUAAAAUUGUAGAAUGUUUCGUCUCACUUCCGGGAUAUUGAAAAGAAAAUUUAAAGAGGCACAGAAUAAUACUGAGUGAUUUGAAGAAAUUAGUAAGAUUUGUAUUUAAUAUUGUCAAUAAAUUUAUAUUAUCAUUGAAC